AAACGAACCAGCCUCGGAAUCGAUAUCGAAGUGACACAAAUUCACCACUUGAAACUCAACAAAAAAUCGAAGCAUUCUGAAAGAUCUCGUCAGUGCGCAGGAAACAGUGCGAACUCCGAAUACCUGGACCAUUACUUGGUCCUUGCACCCUCAUGGUGCUCCUUACGUCCUCGGCUGUGUCUGUGGCUCUAUCGAGCGGAGUGGUCUGCAUCUUUACGUUCUUACUGUUCAUGUGUGGUUAUGUAUUACAGCAACAGACAGUUCGAUCCAUACAAGAAGCUUUGAAAAGGCCUCCAGAGCCGAAACCGAUAGCAACUCUCCCACCUCAAUUCCAGAACUCGGACAAUGAAAGCACCACAAGAAUCCUCGAGCAGCCUGUAAAUCCAGAUUCAUCUGUGCUGGGUAAUUCCGGAUUGCACGAGGACGACGAGAAUGUUGUCACUGUUCAGGUACCGGUUGAGGUGCAGGAAAAGGAUCAACUCCCACUUCAGGACUCUUCCGAGAUGAGCUCGAGAAGUCAACAAGCCCCUGAGAGGCCGGCACUUGAACGUCUCGCCUACAUGUUCAUUCUUCUGGAGCCCCAAGACCUAUGUUCAACUCUAUUAUUCGCAAAGCAGCAAAGGGAAUCGUCACGCCUGUCCCAGGAGCCAUCUAUCGUCCUCAUAUACCCUGCCACAUGGGAAGCCGAAUUGUCCUCCGCGCACAUGUCUGCUUUGAGUUUUAUGCGAGAGGUCCAGGAACUAUACGGUCUCAUAUACCACCCCGUACGAAUCAACAAUGCCUGGGGGACGAAUGCACAGCUCUUGGGAGAAUUGCAAUGGCACCAUUGGGGCUAUGACCAGGCUAUCUAUCUCCGGUCUCCUGGGAUGGUCCUCAACAACGAAGCUCUUGAUUCUGCUCUAUCUACUCCAGUGUCGCGAAAGAUAUGGGCACCCGUGGAUACAUCCACCGGAAACAACCCAGAUAUCCUUUUGGUGACGCCGAAAGGGUUGCAAAGUCCCAGGAGGGGAAUGAGGAAUCUCGUAAUUCCCGCAAGGCCUGAUCAACCGAAUGCCCAGCAGUCAGGUGCGGCGUAUGCCUUGUUUGAUCAUUCAAACUCGGGGCAGAUGGGUCAUGACAAUAUAUGGUAUGAUGAUAUGAUGAGGAAAUUUGACCAAGGAAGGAGAAAUGUAUGUGCUGGUAGUGGAUUGUUGUAGUGGUGUUGUUUACCUCUAUGAUUUUAGCAAGCUCGCAAUUGUACAAAAGAUGGUAUUGGCGAGAUAGAUAGUCUUAGAUGUUCGUGUCUAGGAAAUAUGAGUGUAUCAAAUGUG